CCAGUGAGUUCCUCCUGAAAGUCAGCCAGCGGGAUAUCUUCUUCGUCACACUCGUCAACAGGAUAACAGGAUAACAAGAUGCAGUCAGACGAUGUGGUAUGGGGAAUCAUAAAUCAUCAGUUCUGUUCUUACAAGAUCAAAGCAGCUCCUGGAGGUGGCCAUUCCCACAACAAGGCGGUCGGCCAGAAUUUCUGUAAAAACGAAUACAAUGCUACUGGCCUUUGCAACAAAGCAAGUUGUCCAUUGGCUAACUCUCGAUAUGCUACCGUCAGGGAGAUCGGUGGUAUCGUUUAUCUCUUUCAAAAAACUGUUGAGCGGGCCCACUCGCCGGCUAAUCUAUGGGAAAAAACACGUCUAUCGACCAACUAUGCCAAGGCACUCGAACAAAUCGAUAGCUCUCUGAUCUAUUGGCCUGGGUACAUGAUUCACCGAUGUAAACAGCGACUCACAAAGAUCACACAAUAUCUGAUCAAAAUUCGAAGACUAAAGAACAAAGAAUUGCCUCAAUUGGUGGCGAUCAAGUCGAAAACCGAAAGGCGUGAACGCGCCCGAGAAGCCAAAGCUCUAUCAGCCGCUCGAUUGACCAAGACGCUAGAGAAGGAGUUGAUCGGACGAUUGAAAUCUAAAACUUAUGGUGAUGCCCCUCUCAACGUUAAUGAGGACGUCUGGAGAUCGGUCUUGGAAGGAGAAAAACGGAAAGAAUUGGAACAAGAGAACGAGUUAGAGUUGGAGGAUGAAGAAACAGAUGAGGAGAGUGACGACGGAGACGAGGAAGAGGAACGGGAGUUCGUGAGCGAUUUGGAGGAAAGCGACCUAGAAGACAUGGAGGACUGGGAUGGGCUGGGUGCCGAUGAUGACGAGGAAGAUGAGCUGGACAGUGCAGAUAGUGACGGGUCCAGUGAAGAUGGGGACGCAGAGGGUCUCGAUCUCAAUAUCGACAAGGGAUCAUCAUCCAAGCGCAAGGCCAAACAACCUCCCAGCGAACCUGCUCAGAAGAAAAUCAAGCCCACCAAGCCUCAAGAUCCCAAAUCGAAGAAAAAACGAAAACCGCAGAUGGAGAUCGAAUACGAAGAAGAACAAGAAUGGUUGGGUACUCAGGUUUAGAGUCGUUAGAAUCUUCAAUUUAUGGGUUCUGUUUUUUUCGUUUUGGCCGUCCUUUGGAAACCAUGUCUACUUGUUCUCUUUCCUUAGUUCGCAUUACUAUAUUCAUCAAUAUUGUCGCGCCCUCUUACUAAGCACACGUGUUCGCAGCAGUCUAUGUGGAGACACUACAUGAACAAAUUUCUAUUUAAUUUCCAUUGUCUUAAUACUUGGACCCAGAUGUUUCCUCACCAGGUCUCAGAAUACGGGCUCGCGAAAGUGAGCUGGGCCCAAGAAUUACCGCA